AUGUCGCCGACCGGGUCAACGGCGUCGCAAGCGUCGCCGUCCGGGUCAACGCGAAUCGCACGGAGCACGGUUGUCCUGUCGGGCGCUGCGGCGGCGGCGCGGAAAAGAGGGUCGAGCCGCGGAGGGUCGAUCUGUCAGGAGCUGCUGCCGAGCCUGUGGGAGGAGGAGGACGAGCGCGCGGAAGGAACGGCGGCGGUUGCGGACGAUGGCGCGAAAUCUCGCGGGGUGGCGGAGACGCCGGCGGAAGAUGCGGAGACGCCGGAGGAAGCGGAGGCGGACAUUACUGGCGACGGCGGGGACAGAUCCGAGUAUUAUGCGCGGAGGAAAAGCGGAAGUGCGAUUCCGCGGAGUCGGGAACGAUGGCAGGCGGAGGACGAUGCGGGGAGAGUCCCCGCUACCGCCCCCGCCUCCCCCUCCCCCUCCGCCUCCGCCGUUCCGCGUGUUCCGAGCCCCACGGGGCUUCCGCCGCGGCCGAUGUCCCCGUCAGAAGCAGACUCGUACAGCUCGUUACAGUCACGUCACGCGCAAAUGUCCCCGACUACGUCCCCGCCGAACCACCGCCGCUCGCACAGCAGCGGAACCUUUCUCUGGGGGGGCGGAAUGAUGGGGGGAGGGCUUGGGCUUCCGCAUACGAGCCCGCGAACCAGCGGGUUUGGCUCAGGUGGCGCGGGUUUUGCAGGCAGCGGCGCGCAUUUGCCCCCGCUUAGCCCCAGGGCGGGCGGAAAGGGGGGCGGCGGGCCUUGCCCCUUGCCCAGCCCCAUUGGGCGGAGCAAAACGACUGGCGGAAGUUCCGCGAGAGUUCCCGUGGGCGGGCUGGUUGCUGACGUGGCAAGCCUCCCCAGAAGCCGUACUACAUAUGCGGCGAUGGGGGAAGGCGGAGGAGGGGGAGCGGGGGGAGGAGGAGGAGGAGCGGGUGGAGGAGGAGGAGGAGCGGGGGGAGGGGGACGUGGGGGGAUGGGGAGAGAAGUUCGGGCGGGGGGCGGAGGGGGGAACCCCCCCUCAAUGAAUCGGGGGAAGGGCACGGGCGGAGGGGGUGGCGGGGUGCCUCGAAGCGCGAGCAGCGGGAACGUGGCGGGAAUGGGGCAGAGUGGCGCAAGCAUGGGUUUUACCCCCACGAUGGGUACGGUGCUUGAUGCUGGGAUGGGGGGAACAGGGGUGCCUCGCAGCGCGAGCAGCGGGAACGUGGCGGGAAUGGGGCAAAGUGGGGCGGGCAUGGCGGUGAGCGGUGCGGGCAUGGGGUUUACCCCCACCAUGGGUACGAUGCUUGAUCCCGCGCGGGGAAGUGGGGGGGUGCCUAGAAGCGCGAGCAGCGGGAAUAUGGCGGGGAAUAUGGGCGGCAGCAUGGGCGGCAACAUGGGCGGCAUGGGCGGCAACAUGGGCGGUAUGGGGUUCACUCCCACCAUGGGCACGGUGCUUGGGAGUGCAGGGGUGCCUCGAAGCGCCAGCAGCGGGAAUAUGGAUGGCAUGGGCGGGAAUGGCGCAGGGAUGAGCGGGAGCGGCGUGGGCAUGAGCGGGAGUGGCGGGGGAACAAGGCUCAGUGGAUUGCAAUUGGGGUCACCUGGUGCGCAUAAAGGGGGCGCGCACAGGAGAACAAGCAGCGUUAGCAGCGGUGGCGGUGGUGGUGGUGGUGCUGGUGGUGGCGCUGUGAUGCAACAGCAGCACGGGUACAGCCUGAGCAGCCCUGGCAGCAGUGGACUUACCGGGCGACACAGGAGAUUGGCCAGUACAAGCUACCACCUUGAUUCCACCUCCACGAACCUUCCUGACACCAGUAGGAACCUUCCUGAUAGCAGCAGGCCCAAGGGAUUCCGGACGCCGAGAAUCGUUCUUCCUCACCACGACAGCAUCAGCCCUGCCACGUCACCGCCCUCCACCAGCCCACGUGGCAGCAGCAGCAGCAGCCUCGCUCCCGGUGACACGUCACUCAAAUCGCCACCCUGCACCAGCCCGCCCAAUGCCAGUCCACGUGGCACACCGUCCUCCCCCAGUUACCGCCUCCCUCCCCAUAAGUCUCCUGCCGCUGCUGCACAUGCCGCCUCGCUUCAAGGCCGAGUGCCCGGACCAGCACAGUUACUAGGAGGCUUUACAGGAGCAGCAGCAGCAGCACCAUCCGUACCCACGAGCUUUUCUCGCUCUCCCAGGCACCGAAGCCCCAGUGUGCUCAGCCCGAGCCUGCACAGCCCGAGCCUCCCCAGCCCGAAGCUGAGAAGCCCGCGCCUACCCAGCCCCGGCGUCAUCCGAACCGGCAGCUCAAGUCCGGUAGGCAUCGCCCCGAGCAACGUAAUCGGCUUCUCCUCGCCAACUUACCUCCCUAGUCCAGCUUCCUCGGCGUCUUUAAAUGCUAAUAGUCCGUACGCGAAUUACCCGUAUACCCCAGGGGGGGGUAGCGUGGUGCAUAGCCCGCAAUCCAUGGCUGCUCUAGCCGAGAGGGACAAGCAAAAGCUAGCGGAAAUUCAGAGCUUCUUUGCUUCGGGAUCCGGAGGGCUAGGCUCGGGAAGGCGAGGUUCGGGGCAGUGGGGGGUGGGAGGAACCACACCGCUCCAGUCACCCAGGCCUGGGAUCUCCCCCAAUACCUCUCCUCCUGUCAAUUCACCCUCGAAAGGAGGAGGCGGAGGCGGAGGAGGAGGGAGAGGAGGAAGAGGAGGGGAGAGGGGAGGUAUGGGGUUGUUUCUGGGACCCAUUCGCACGCCGAGUCCGAGUGAGUAUUACCGGCUUGCUUCGCCUGCUGGUGGGUGGAUGGGAGGGGCGUGGGGACGAGGGGAGGGAGAGCAGGACGAGGAGGAGGGCGAGGAGGGGGAGGAGGGUGAGGAGGAAGGGGAGGAGGAGGACUGGGGGAGGUACAUGGGUGGUGAGGCUUAUGAGGUGAAUGAGGAAGGGGAGGGAGAGGAGGGGGCAGCUGACACAGCAGGAGCAGCAGGAGGAGCAGCAGAAAAGGCUGUCAGAGCAGAAGGAGGAAAGGCGGACGCAAGAACAGUGGUGCAAGCGGGGGGAGCAAGAGGAGGACAGUCAGACGUGAAAGCGAUGGUGCAAGCAGCUCUGGCGGAGUGGCGGAGGAAGGAGGAGGCGGCAAUGCAGCAGCAGGCAGCGUCGGUUCUGGGCAGGGGACUUUCGGACGUGCGGAAGGUGUAUCAGCUGGGGAAGGAGCUGGGGCGCGGGAACUUUGGGGUGAUAAGGGAGGCGGUGGAUUGGGUGUCUGGGGAGCGGUUUGCCUGCAAGAGCGUCAACAAGAAACGGCUUGAGCUGGGAAAGGAGCUGGGGCGGGGCAACUUCGGGGUGAUCAGGGAGGCUGUGGAUUGGGUGUCUGGGGAGCGACUCGCGUGCAAGAGUGUCAACAAGAAACGACUGGAGUACUCCUACCUUUCUUGCCUCUCCUCUCCCUCACCUUCCCUGCUCUCCUCCCUUUGUCCUUUUCCAUUCCAGUGCCUGGAUGACCUUGAAGAUCUGAGGAGGGAGGUGGAGUGCCUGGAUGACCUUGAAGAUCUGAGGAGGGAGGUGGAGUGCCUGGAUGACCUUGAAGAUCUGAGGAGGGAGGUGGAGUGCCUGGAUGACCUUGAAGAUCUGAGGAGGGAGGUGGAGUGCCUGGAUGACCUUGAAGAUCUGAGGAGGGAGGUGGAGUGCCUGGAUGACCUUGAAGAUCUGAGGAGGGAGGUGGAGUGCCUGGAUGACCUUGAAGAUCUGAGGAGGGAGGUGGAGUGCCUGGAUGACCUUGAAGAUCUGAGGAGGGAGGUGGAGUGCCUGGAUGACCUUGAAGAUCUGAGGAGGGAGGUGGAGUGCCUGGAUGACCUUGAAGAUCUGAGGAGGGAGGUGGAGUGCCUGGAUGACCUUGAAGAUCUGAGGAGGGAGGUUGAGGUGAUGCGGUUGCUGAAAGGCCAUCCCAACAUUGUGUCGCUCGUGGAUACCUAUGAAGAUGACAUGGACGUGCACAUUGUGGUGGAGCUGUGCGAGGAUGGGGAGAUCUUCUCCACUUGUGAACCCACCCCUCCUUCUCUUGUCCGCUCACCCCUACCCCACCCCCCUCCUCCCCCCCCCCCUCAGGACGUGCACAUAGACGUGCACAUAGUAAUGGAGCUGUGCGAGGGCGGAGAGCUCUUCGACGGUAUUGUCGCAUGCAACCACUUGCAAACCCUGCCUCCCUUUACUUGCCCGCCUACCUACACCCACCAACUUUAUCCCCCCUUCCCCUCUGCCCCACCCCAGGACGUGCACAUAGUGAUGGAGCUGUGCGAGGGAGGAGAGCUCUUUGAUCGCAUCGUCGCACGCAACCACUUCAGCGAGCGGCAAGCGGCACAGGUGUGCCGCACCCUGGCCGAUGUUCUUCGCUACUGCCACUCCCACCACAUUCUCCACCGCGACUUAAAGCCCGAGAACGUGCUGCUCGUCUCCACGCGCAGCGACACGCGCGUGAAGGUGAUCGAUUUCGGCAUGGCCUACCGCUUUCAGGAAGGCGAGCGCUGCACGCAGCGCGCCGGCACUCCCAACUACAUCUCCCCGGAGGUUAUCGCAAAGAAUUACGGGACCGAGGCGGACGUGUGGAGCUUAGGAGUGAUUCUGUAUGUCAUGCUGUGCGGGCUGCCGCCGUUCUGGGGCGAUUCGACGGAGGAGAUCUUCUCGAGUAUUCUGUACGAGCCGUUGGAUCUGGAGACCGAGCCUUGGCCGGACGUGUCUGCCGCUGCUAAGGACUUGGUUCGGCGGAUGCUGUGCCGGAGGUUCGACGAGCGGAUCACGGUGCCGGAGAUACUGAGUGAGUUGGCGUCUGGGGGGCUGAUUGGAGGGUUGCUUGCGUUGCUGCUCACUCCCCUUUGUGCUGUACGGUGCUGUGUCGGAGGUUCGACAGGCGGAACACGGUCCCCGAGACACUGA